AGCAGCUCUGCUUGCACCAUGGCCGAGCCAAAGUCUGUGUGUGUUUCUGUGGACGAGGUGGUCUCCAAUGGCACGGACACCCAGGACAUCCGGCUCUUCAAUGGACACUUAAAAAAAGUGGACAAUGCUCUGACAGAAGCUCACAGGUUCUCCUACCUGCCCCGCAGGCCAGCUGUGAACAUUGAGUUUAAAGAACUGUCCUACUCUAUCCAGGAAGGGCCAUGGUGGAGAAAGAAAGGUUAUAAGACCCUUUUGAAAGGAAUUUCAGGGAAGUUCAGCAGUGGAGAACUCGUUGCAAUUAUGGGGCCUUCAGGAGCUGGGAAGUCAACGCUUAUGAAUAUUCUGGCAGGAUACAGAGAGACGGGAAUGAAAGGAGAAAUCCUCAUCAACGGGCAGCCCCGCGACCUGCGCUCCUUCCGCAAGGUCUCCUGCUACAUCAUGCAGGAUGACAUGCUCCUUCCUCACCUCACUGUCCAGGAGGCUAUGAUGGUAUCUGCUCAUCUGAAACUUCAAGAGAAAGAUGAAGGGAGGAGAGAAAUGGUGAAGGAAAUCCUGACAGCCCUUGGUUUGCUGACGUGUGCCAACACCAGGACUGGGAGUCUCUCUGGAGGCCAGAGGAAACGCCUUGCCAUUGCUCUGGAGCUGGUGAACAACCCCCCUGUCAUGUUCUUCGAUGAACCAACCAGUGGCUUGGAUAGUGCAUCGUGUUUUCAGGUGGUCUCUCUGAUGAAGGCUUUGGCCCAGGGGGGCAGAUCCAUCAUCUGCACCAUUCACCAGCCCAGUGCAAAACUGUUUGAGCUCUUUGACCAGCUCUAUGUUCUAAGUCAAGGUCAGUGCAUUUACCGUGGGAAGGUAACAAACCUUGUCCCAUACUUGAGAGAUUUGGGCCUGAAUUGUCCAACCUACCACAACCCAGCAGAUUUUGUGAUGGAGGUGGCCUCGGGCGAGUACGGGGACCAGAGCAGCCGCCUGGUCAGGGCUGUCAGGGAGAGGAUUUGUGACACUGACUACAAGAGAGACGUGGCUGGGGAGAACGAGCUGAACCCCUUCCUGUGGCACCGGCCCUCUGAAGAGGACUCCUCCUCCACAGAAGGAUGCCACAGCUUCUCUGCCAGCUGCCUAACCCAGUUCUGCAUCCUCUUCAAAAGAACUUUCCUCACCAUCAUGAGGGACUCGGUCCUGACGCACUUGAGGAUCACCUCACACAUCGGCAUUGGGCUGCUCAUCGGCUUGCUCUACUUGGGCAUCGGCAACGAAGCCAAGAAAGUGCUCAGCAACUCGGGCUUCCUCUUCUUUUCCAUGCUGUUCCUCAUGUUCGCGGCGCUCAUGCCGACCGUCCUCACCUUUCCCCUCGAGAUGGGAGUCUUUCUCAGAGAGCAUCUGAACUACUGGUACAGCCUGAAAGCCUAUUACCUCGCCAAGACCAUGGCUGAUGUUCCUUUUCAGAUCAUGUUCCCUGUGGCUUACUGCAGCAUCGUGUACUGGAUGACCUCCCAGCCCUCCGACGCGCUGCGCUUCGUCCUCUUCGCAGCCCUGGGCACCAUGACAUCCCUGGUGGCUCAGUCCCUGGGCCUGCUCAUAGGUGCAGCCUCCACAUCCCUCCAGGUGGCAACUUUUGUGGGCCCAGUUACUGCCAUCCCAGUCCUCCUGUUCUCUGGGUUUUUUGUCAGCUUUGACACCAUCCCAACAUACCUCCAGUGGAUGUCCUACAUCUCCUAUGUCAGGUACGGCUUCGAAGGAGUCAUCCUCUCCAUCUACGGACUGGAUCGAGAAGAUCUGCACUGUGACAAAGACGACACCUGCCACUUCCAAAAAUCAGAGGCCAUCCUGAAAGAACUGGAUGUAGAAAAUGCCAAACUCUACCUGGACUUCAUUGUUCUUGGGAUUUUCUUCUUCUCCCUGCGCCUGAUUGCCUAUUUUGUCCUGAGAUACAAAAUCCGAGCGGAGAGGUAAAGGAGAAGCAGCUGAGCCAAGGCAGUAGGAGAACUUUAGACAUGCAAUAGAGGGCACUUGACAUUGUCUCACUGUGGCAGGCUGGUCCCCAGUGGCCAGCCAGAUGCUGUCCUGACCGAGCCCAUGGAGAGCCACAAUGGGAUAGUGGACAUUCAGUGUUCAGCCAAUCAGUCCAGUUGGGUUGGGUCAUGUUUUCAUUACACUUUCUAGCUUUAACUAGGAAGAAGAACUAGAAGGGAAUUUUGCACCACAGAAUAUCAAUACCGAGGCAGUGUAACUGUCACAAGGAACCUGGCUGCAGGGGCUUUCCUUAUCAAAACCAAUUUUGGGAUAAGGUCACCAGGUCCUGGUUACCAGAGUAGUGUAAUGUCAUCUCUAGUUGACAAGGUAGUGAAAUGCAAAAAUGAGGAAUGCAAAGAAAAUAGGAUUCUCUCAUCUUUUUAAAUUUCAUCUUUGCAGUUUUCUAUGUAUUAUUUUGCAAUUCUUUUCCACAGGAUUACCCCUUCUGGCUAAAAGUCUGUAAAUGUAUUAAUAAGGUAAAGAUAUCUUUUUAAUAUGGAUAGUUUUUUAAAAGAAACCUAAAGUGAUUCAAGUAAUUAUUUUUGUUUCUGUCUGAAUUUAGAAUUCUGGUGCUUUACUUGUCGAGCUGGUCUCAUAUCUGAAAACUGUAAUGAUAGGAGGAGAAGGCAGAUUCUGAAUCUGCACUAAACCUGUGGUCCCAUGUGGAAGCAGCACUGGAUAGCACAUGCAGUUAGACAUGGUCAAGCUGUCACUGAAUGGUUGAAAAAAAUAUAUUCUUUUGCAGUGUCUUUAAAUCCUUAGUGUUUGUGAUAUUUUGAGAUACUGGCUGUGUUCAUUAUCUGUUUGAUCUACCUCCUGCAACUGAAAAAAAAAAAAAUCAAAGCACUCCAAGGCUUGUUUUUAAUUAAAUUGUGAAAGCAGGAUCUGUCCCUAAAGUGAUUGUUAAAGGAGUGCAAGAGCUGUCCACAGAUCAAAGCUUGGGCUGCUGUGUUAAAACACCU